GUUCAUUUGGAAUUCAAAGUUAUGGUAUAUCAACACUGGAACAAAUACCGCAAUGAGUACUUGGCAUCAGUUGCAGCAACCUUGUCCGUGUUCAUGGUGGUCACCACAAACGCAUGGUCCUCUCCGGCACUACCGAAGCUGCUGUCCGAGGACUCCCCCGUGCCGAUGACAGCCGACGAAGGUUCCUGGAUGGUAGCUAUACAGGCGAUCGGAGCAGUAUUCGGACCGGUUAUCGCUGCUCUGACAGUUGAUCAUAUUGGAAGAAAACUGACACUGCUGGGAACCGUCUUACCCGUAAUAAUCGGUUGGAUAUUGAUUGGAGUAGGCGAUAGGGUCGAGUACCUGUACGUAGCUCGAUUUCUAUUUGGAGUUUCCUACGGUACGGUUUACUCGGUAUCACCAAUCUAUCUCGGAGAGAUAGCUUCGGAUGCAAUUCGUGGAUCUGCCGGUACGUUGAUUACCGUGCUUGCCAAACUAGGGUUUUUGGCGAUGUACUCCGUAGGCCCUUAUUUAGAAUAUAGAACUCUAGCGUGGAUUUCAAUGGUUGGACCAGGAUUGUUCGUCGUGUGUUUCAUUUGGAUGCCGGAGACGCCGUUUCAUCGGCUGGCACGAAACGAUGACGUUUCUGCCGAGAAAUGUUUAUCUUGGCUUCGUCGUUCGGAAAAAGUUUCCGAAGAACUCAUAGCCAUGAAAGCUUCAGUUCUGAUAUCCAAGGAAGAGCGAGGAUCAGUUAUGGAACUUUUCGCUUCAGCCUAUCGAAAUAAUAUGAGGAUCCUUCUGAUUUUAGUGUUCAGUAUGCAAAUGACCGGGUUACUUGCAAUACUUGGAUAUGCACAAACAAUUUUUGAGAAAAUCUCAACAAAUCUAGAACCAGAAGAAAUGUCCAUAGUGCUUGGUGCCGUUCAGAUGGUAGCUGUCAUUUUUCCUGCUGUUUUAGUUGAUCGUAUGGGACGCCGUCCGCUACUUCUACUGUCUACGGCCGGAACCACGCUCGGAUUAUUAAUGUGCAGUAUCUACUUCGCAAUUGAUGACGGUGGAGGUAAUCACGGUUGGAUAGCUUUCGUCUCACUGAUGCUGUACAUUGUGGCCUACGGAUUGGGAUUGGCAACUGUUUCCUUUGCAAUACUCAGCGAAAUAUUUCCGAAGAAUAUUCGAGCAUAUGCUACGGCUGCGUUCGCCAUGCUUAGUGCUCUUAUCGUUUUCGGUGUCGCCAAAAUGUUCCAAAUUGCGCUGGACGAAGUGGGUCCAUACUUGCCGUUUGCGAUUUUCGGUAUCUGCGGAGCUGUUAGCUGGCUGCUGAUAUAUCUGUACAUUCCGGAGACCAAAGGACGAACGCUCGAUGAAAUUCAACGGAUCGUGAGGGGGAAAUCUGUUAGAUAACUUUGUAGUUGAUGUUUUGAAGUGUGAAUUUCGUUCAGUGGAAAAGUAUGGUGCUGCGUA